AUGUUCACAACGGGUUUCGGGGGAUCGAGACUAGCUCUAUGGCUUAUCCUAUCGGCGCUAUCAGCAUUUGCGCAGUUCGUAGAGCAACGUGGUAUGUACCCCUGGUUGGGACUGGGCCAACAACACUCUACGGUGCUACGCGAACGUUUCAUUGAAUCCGAUCAAGGUGUACUGAUGGACUCCCGUCGUGAAGACAGAAUCCCUGCCUGGUCGCUGCCUUACCUCCAGUCUGUCUGCUCCGGUACAUCGUAUAACGUUCUUCCUCUACCCACCGGCCAUCAUUAUAUCGGACCAACCGGCGAUCCUUCCACACAGAAUGCUUGUAGCUGUAGUUCGGUCGUGUACACACUAUUCUCCGCUUGUGGGCAAUGUCAGAGACGGGAGACCAUAACUUAUUCGGCCUGGACAUUGUUUUGUGCUUCACAUCCCAUCCCUCCCGGAGUCAUUUCCACACUGAACACUAGCACCCAGAGAAGUUCCGGUACCCAUAUCGGCCCCAUAGCCGGAGGAGUCGUUGGUGGUAUCAUCGUGCUGGCCCUUCUUGCCUCGUUUGCGAUUUGGCUGUUUGAAAAAGCACCAGCAAGAUUACAGGAACUGAUGGUGCGAGUGGACACGCGGAGGACGAGAAAGAUCGGCCGCCUAGUUUGGUACUUCCAAGUUUUCCUCCGCCAGAUGGGACAAAGUAUCAAGACGUAUACCAUGGGAGUGCAGUUGUAG